AUGUCUACGACCCUUCCACUCUUUUGGCAUCUGUCUGCUUCAUCGAAGAAGGAGCGUAUCGAUGCUUCAAUCAAACUAAUUGGUGCUCUCGAGCAAUUUCAAGCCCAGAAAGCUGCACUUGUUCCUGCACCUACCGCCGCCUCAGGUUCAGAUGAGGAAGAGGAAGAGGAAGAAGAGGUCAUUGCUACGAAUGCGAAAUCGGACGGACUAGAUAUAUUGAAUGCGCAGGAUGUCUCUUAUUCGAUACGGAGGUUGAUCAGGGGAUUGGCAAGUCCCCGGGAGAGCAGUAGGCUUGGGUUUGCGGUUGCAUUGACUGAGCUUCUGUCUAGGAUAGACACAGUAACGUCUGCUCAAAUAUUAAGCGUCCUUAUGGAUAGCACGAAACACCAGGGAUCAAUGUCCGGCCAGGAAGAACGCGACGCCUUCUUCGCUCGACUCUUCGGCAUCAUGUCCAUCAUACAAUCAGGCCUUGUCGUACGAACGACUGCCUUACCGAACUCUGGGUCUUCAUCUGCUGUUGCAUCCUCGUUGGAAAGCUACGAACAAAUUAUCAACGAGCUCGUGAACCUGGGGGACAAGAAAUCAUGGCUAAGGGAGAGUGCUUGGUUCGCCAUCAGCAUGUUGGUCGAUACUCUGUUUGAAUCUGACAUUCCUUGGAAAAACGAGGCAAUAAGCAAAACUUUGGACACAUUGUUCGUAAAGGCCACCCUUUGGUCGACAGAGAAGGUUGCACUUGCCCUCAAACUCCAAGACCAGUAUCCCAAACGCGACUGGAAGGUCCUCUUGUCUCCACAUUUCAAGAAUCCCGACCUGCUCGCUUCAGGGAACCUUUCCGCCCUUGCACGCAUCUUGAAGGAAUCGACAACAGACGAAGAUGGUGUCAAGGAUCCCACGAAAGCUCCCAGUGGUACUUGGAAACCGCAACUGAACUUUGCUUGGGACAUCAUCCUGAACGAGGUGCUCCCUGGUCCAAAUUCCGUCAAGCCUGCGAAGGGGUCGUUCCAAGAUUUCUUCAGAGUCGUUGUCGAUGAAUCCUUGUUUUCCUCAACAUCAUCUCCGCAACGCAAGUAUUGGGGUUUCCAGGUUUUCCAGAAAGCACUGAAUCGAGUGAACGAGGCCAGCAUGCCCACCCUCUUCACGAAGAACUUCAUGCGAUCAUGGAUCAACCACCUAUCGAAGAAGGAUCGGUAUUUACAUAAGGUUGCUCUUCAGACAGCCACGGAAGUGGAAGAAUUCGUGAAGGACAAACCUCAGCUCGGGUUUGCCCUCAUCUUGCAGCUUACAGGCCCCAGUGGUAGCCAACAGUUCGAUAGGAUAACGAAGACGAAGACGGUGGAAUCGAUUUUGGGGUCUCUUGAUGCAAACGGAAUCCAAUGCUACAUCGACUACCUUCUCUCACAGGUAGAUGAUGUAAACAGUGAUGCGGAGCAUGUCAGCGCCAUAAACGCUCGCCGAACUUGGAUUAUAGACCAACUGGGGGCUCUGAUUCGUAAUCACAAAAUUCCUAAGGAGGACAGAUGGAUUAAAUCCAUCCUCGACUGGCUUACCGUCCAUGGUCUCUUUGUCAUCAAGAAAAAGUCAUCAAAAAGCACUAUUAUUCCGCUACGAUCCAUUCCCAGUCCCGUUUUUUCAGACGAGCAUCGCCGAAAUUGUCGGAAUUGGCUGCUUUUGUGUUUGGGGGAGCUUAGUGCCCAGACCACAGUUCUCAAGCAAGAUGACAAAACAGCGAAGGCUACGGCGGUUGCCACAGAUGGCGAGUUUUGGAUCGCGAAGGUCGUGUCAACAAUCCAACAACUUGAGGACGAUCAGAAGCAUGUUUCGACUCUGUUUGAAGUUGACGAAGAAAUUGCUGCGCUGCGGACUAAAGCCAGCGGGAUUACUGACAAGCUGGGGAAGAUCUCGGGAGAUCUGCAGGAAUCCGCAAAAGGGGCUCAGCUGCUGUUGCUUGGAACUCUUCUACAACAAUACUGCGAAGGGGACGACGAGGACAAUGUGGACUCGGCAGCUUUACAGGCCUGCAUCGACGGCUCGUCACGAUUGCUUCUCACAGAUGACAAAAAGAAGGAAGAUAAGAAGACCGACCCGGGAGAAGACGAGGAGCUGGAACCUGUCGAUCUUCUUGUCGACGCUAUCAUUGGCUUUUUGGAGAAAUCUACGUCAUACAUGCGCACUGUGGGCAACCAGGUCUUCUCUCUGCUGUCCGGAUCGGUCAAGGAGUCAACUGUGGACUUGAUUGUGACACAACUGGAAGUGCGAGAUCCUUCACAACCUGAAGAUGAAGACGAAGACAUGGAAGACCUAGAUGAGGACGGGGGAGACAACGGCGAAGACGAUGGCUCGGACUCAGACGAGGAAAGCGAAGCAGGUGAUGGAGAUGACUCCGGCAACGACAGCAAUGAAGACGAGGCCGAUCUCGAACUUAGGAGUCGCAUCGAGGAAGCCUUGCGUGUGAAUGGGAUUAAGCCUGCAACAGGCGAGACGGACAGCGAGGAGGAAUUGAUGGACGAUGACCAGAUGAUGGCUAUUGACGAGCAGCUGGCCCAGGUCUUCCGUUCUCGUGCCAGCGAGAAGAAGACGGGCAAAAACAUCGACGCCCAGAGAGAGGCAACACACUUCAAAAAUCGUAUCCUAGAUCUGGUUGACGCUUACCUCCACAAGCAGCCUUCAAACCCCCUUUCCCUCCGAUUUAUCUCGCCCCUCAUCGAACUUGUCACUGGUUCUAGUCAAGACGAACGUCAGCUUGCUGACAAGGCCAAAGGCAUCCUCCGGACACGAGUAGCAAAGGCAAAGGAAGUGCCCACUUCCGCGGAUCGCGAGCAAGCUGUCCAAAUCAUCACUAACAUACACACGCGGGCUCGCAAGACGCAUUCACCAGAUCUUCUUUCUAUCCUUAGCCUAGGUAGUAUCUACCUUUCCAAGGUUUUGGUGCACUUGAAGGGCGACGACCUUGUGGUUGACGUGUAUAGGCAAUCUCUUACAGACUUCGCCACGCGCAAGAAUUCUGCUCUCAGUCCUCAUUUCUUCCAAGAUUUCAUCCGUCGAUUCCCGGCUCAGGCAUGGUGUCUACGGUCCGAUCUCCUUGACUUGGCCAGGAAAUCUAUCAAUGCCUACCGCCGAACGCAAGUCCUGCAAUUUUUCGAGCUGCUCAUCAGCUCGUUACCGUCUAUGCCCACCACGAACGACGAAGCAGUCGCGUUCAUGCUGCAGCUAAGGCAACUGUUGCUUGAGCUCGCUGAAGAUUCGUGUGGCGAGAAGGACAACCUUUCAACCCCGCAAAUGAAGGAACUUCUGAAGCUCGCUCUUUUGGCUGUCAGGCAAACAAAACGCAUUUCUCCGGCAACACAGACCAUCUGGGAACCCAACGCCUGGAAGUUGUUACAGUCGAAGCUUCGCAAAUCCUCCCGGUUCAAAGCAUCAACUAGUCUCCACAACAUGUGCGAACAGAUCGCCCUCCUGCCAGAAGGGUCAGAAAAAGACGCGUCAAAAAAGCAGUCCCAGGCCCCAACAGCAAAACGUAAAGCGGAUGAAAUUAACGGAGAUGAUCAUAAAAGAACGGUAGAUGGGGUUAAGAACACUAAGCGCAAGAAGGUCAAGGCGACCACAGUUGAGGAAAGCUAG